AUGGCGUUUGAACAGACCCCCCUCCGCAAUGUUACGAUAUCGUCCUCUUUCUGGUCACCCAUUCUCGCCUGCGCACGCGAGAGGAUCAUCCCCGCCCUGAUCAACAGUCAGAAGGCGCUGGGUCAUUGGUACUGCCUGACAUGGCCGCCUGGCCACAACGUCAAGCCGCAUCCCUUCUGGGACUCGGAUAUCUACAAGACCAUCGAGGCAGCGUGCUAC